AUGGCUAGAGAAACUGAAGCGACCCCCAAGAUACCAGGAGGUGUCGCGCGAGCUGCGCCAGGGCGUGUCUCGCCAGCGCGUGUGCCCUCAUCGGGGGACACGCCGGGAGUCGUCGAAGUACCGCCCGCUCGCGAAAGGAGCGAGGCAACCGACGACAAGAUCCUCGCGGCCCUCGCCGCAGUGACCGACCGCCUGUCGAAGCUCGAGUCUUCGCAGCGCGUCCGGGACGAAGAUGAGAGGAUGCUUGGAGAUGUCGAGAGCGGCAUGUUUGCAUCCAAGCUUGGAGCGAACAUGCGUGGACGCCCCAUGACCAUCGACGCGCUUAAGUCGCUGGAGGAGAAAUCAGCAGCACAUCGCACGCGGGAGCGCUGGCCAGAAAACGGUGAGUCGAUGUUCGCCUCUCUCGCACCGCCGCGUGGAGAGCCGUCAGCCCAGCAUCGCAUGCCGGAACGAUCGGCCGAGCCCAUGGUUGCGCCGCGUCAAGAAGCUAUGCCACCAGCGAUCGGACACUACGGAAUGCCGAGCGCUAGUCAGAGAAAGCUCAACAUUCGCAAUUUCGAUGGGACGGAGCUUUACAAAGGGCUUGGGAGCGGGUUCUUUGACUGGGGACGCACCUUCAUGCGCGCUGUGAGCCUCGCUGAGGCGUCUUGCGGUUUCUCCUGGACGGAGGACGUGAAGGUGGACCUACUCGGGCAUUUCUGGGCCGGUACGGCGGAGCGCUACUACCACAAACAGGUCGACACUUGGUGGGUGCAGCAGCCAAGACUCGAGCACGUCAUGGAGCAGCUGCACCUAACGUUCAAGACGACCAUCACGGCGAGUCAGGCCAUGAAGCUAUUCAUGACAAGGAAAGAAGUGAGACGCACCUGGGCUGAGCACUUUCUUUACAUGGUGGCUGUCAGCGACGCGCGCGGUGGCGCCGACUCGCUUGUGCUCGACAACAUCGUCCAUCAUACGUCGCCAGACCUGAUGAAUGUCAUGCGCGCUAAGUACGAUCCAACGCGGUCCGACUACCUGCGCCACGCUGAGGAGUUGGCGCACUUUGCGCAGUCUAUCGAGCUCGGCAGUGGCGCGGUUGGUCGCGAGGUCGUUGCGGCGCAUGUUGAGACGAAGCGUCAAGACACGCGAACGUGUUUCCGAUGCGGGAGGACGGGGCACGUCGUUUCCGAAUGCAAGGCAAGAGUUGUGUUUGAUGAUGAGACGACAAACACGAGUGUCAGCGGCGAUAUGGUACUUGCGCUCAUGGAGAAAGCGUCAGCGGCUCGCACAAAAGAAGCCAAAAGCAAGAAGAAAAAGAAAUCGCGAGGCAAAGCGGUUCGUGCGAAUAAAGUGCGAGCUGCGAACAACGCGGGCGAAUUCGUGCUAGAUGCAAAUGAUGCAAUUGGCAUCGAUCGAGGCGACUGGAUACUUGACAGUGGCGCGAGCAGGCACCUCGUGAACGAUGAGUCGCUGCUGAUCGACUCGACCGCCUGCGUCUACGAGAUCGCCAUGGCAGAUGGGGAGUCACUGCGGCUGACGCGUGUCGGGAGUGUGCGCCUUGAGGUCCUCGCGCGCGGUUUGAAGGUGACUGUGACUCUGACAAAAGUCUAUCUUGCUCCACGUCUGGCGAAGAACAUCGUCUCGUACGGGAAGCUGGAGAGAAAAGGGUUUGCCCUCGUGUACGAUGGCAACAAACGAGCGCUAGCGCGGCGCAGCGACGGUACAGUCGUGUUCGACGUAGCGAUUGACAGUAACGUGUUAUACGUUAAGACGACAGCGACACGCGAGAGGCACAGAGCUGGAGAUGCGAUCGUGGCUGCGCUCGAAGCGCGCGCGAUGGAUGGUGAUGCGGAUGACAUGCACGAAGCCUCGCUGCUGCACUGGCACCAGAGACUUGGCCACCUCGCGUUCGAUACGAUCGAGCGUAUGGCGCGCGAUCCGUCAUCGGGUAUUCGAUUGACCAGCAACAAGCGCAUGGCAUGCGUAUCAUGCCUCGAGGGCAAACAGACGAGCAACACGCAGUCACAACAAGACAGCGGCACCAACUCGCCAAUCGACAGGAUCAACGGCGUCAUCUGCUCGGACCUUAAGGGUCCCAUGACGCCGCAGGAUCGCCUCGGCAAUCGAUAUAUGGUGAACUUUAUCGACCAUAAAUCGAACUAUUGUCGAGUACUCCUUGCGCGCACGAAAGACGCGGCGGCGAAGCAGUUUGAAGCCUUCCUCGUCCACUUUGAGAAGCUCUUUGGCUUCAAGGUCCACGUUCUGCGGACGGACGGAGAAGGCGAGUAUGCAAACGUCGACUUGUUCUGUAAACGCACGGGUGUCGCACGCCAAGUGUCGGAAGCUCGCAACCAGGCAUCGAAUGGCAAGUCGGAGAGGAUGCACCGCACGGGCGACGCGGUGCAGUACGCCGUCCACAUCUUGAACCGCAGCCCGACGCGAGCCAAUGCAAAGAGAGCGUCGCCUAUCGAGGUGCUGACGGGUAAGUCGCCGGAUCUGCGCAGCAUCGUCGUCUUUGGGUCGUCGUGUAGCGUCUACCGGGACCCGCGCAAGAGCUCGCUACAGCGGCGCUCUCAGACUGGCAUCAUCGUGGGCGUCAGCGAGGAGACAAAGGGGUACAAGGUUCUUCUCCAGCGAGAGAACAAGGUGGUUGUAACACAACAUGUGAAGAAUAUCUCCACGCUCUCGGAUGCGCAGAACGCACAACUGCAGCGUGCGCUGGAAGUUGGCGAUCGAGCCGAUGGAGAGGCUGUAGUAGCGACCCGUGAUGACAAUAUACGAGCGCAAGAUGAUCGCGGUGCUCACGAGAAGAGUAAGAAGCCGUGGUCACGACAAGCGCACGGUACACGAAGCGCAUCAAAGCGCAAGCAAGCAGUUGCGCGCCAGGAGGAGAGAUCUGCAAGCGACAAGGUGGUCAACGCAGCCUUCGAGCGCGACCCAUGCAACUAUGGCGAGGCCAUGCGGAGCUCUAAGCGCGCGGAGUGGCAGACGGCGAUGCAAGAAGAGACCGCCGCUCUGGAGAGCAACGAUGUGUGGCGCGUGACGAAGCGUAGCCCGGGCGUGAACGCUCUUCACUCCAAGUGGGUCUUCAAGACCAGGACAGGGGCCGAUGGAGAGCUCGAGCGAUAUAAGGCGAGGCUUGUCGCAUGUGGCAAUGAGAAAGUGCUCGGCGUCGAUUACAACCUGACCUUUGCCGCAGUGAUGGACAUCUCGACGGCAAAGGUAGUGCUGGCGCUCGCAGCAACCUGGGGCGUGCCGGCCAAGCAUGGAGACAUCCCGAACGCGUACGUGCGUGCCGAGAAGGAAGCACAUCUCGACAUCUGCUUGCAGGUGCCACGCGGUAUGACUGUGUCAGAGAGCACUCUGCGCAAUGUUGGCGCUAUGCAUCCAGGCGAGGUCGUCUUGGAGCUGCGGAGAAGCCUUUACGGGCUGAAGCAAGCCGGGCGCCUCUGGAGCCAGUUGCUCCAUGCGCGACUCAGCGAUGCGGGGUACGUGCGCUGCGUGUCAGACAUGUGUCUGUACCACAAGCGCGACGGCGAAGAGCUGGUCGUAGUUGGCGUCUACGUCGAUGAUUUGCUGGCGACGGGAACGAGCGUCGCGGCAGUCGAGAGCUUCUUCGCGAGCCUGGCGUCGCUGUCAAUCAAGGAUCUUGGCCAUGUCCACAAGUUCCUGGGAAUGCGAGUGGAACUCGGGAGCGACGGCGCGUACCGCAUCGACCAGGAGGAGGCCAUCAAGGAGCUACUGCGUGCUCAUGGGAUGUGCGAUGCGAAUCCGACGAAGACGCCGAUUGGAGGUGACUGCUACGAGGUCGUAGGCGACGACGCCGCGCUUCUUGGAACGACGAGCACGGGCGGUGGUGCAACCAUCAACGCGUUCCAGUCCCUCGUCGGGAGCCUGCUGUGGGUCGCACGGUGCUCAAGGCCUGACAUUGCCUUUGCAGUGCAUAAAGCAACUAGGCAGACACAUGCGCCGCGGGUACUCGACUGGAAGCUCGCCAAGCGUGUUGCUCGGUACCUAAAGGGGACAGCGAUGCUCAAGCUCGAGAUGGCGCCAGAGCGAACGAGCCGAGACGCGCUGCGUCUCGAAGCCUAUAGCGAUGCCGACUUCGCGGCUGACAAAGCGGACCGGAAGUCACUAACUGGAGGCGUCGUGCUUCUAAAUGGGAUGGCGGUGUCAUGGACCGCGAAGAAACAGGGCGGAGUGAGUCUCUCGACGACGGAAGCCGAAUUUGUGGCGGCGUCGGAGGUUGCGCGCGAGCUCAUUUGCUUGCACCAGAUGCUCGGAGAAGUGGGCAUGGCGCCGGUUGUCCCUAUGCUGAUGCACGUGGACAACCAGGCAGCCAUCUGUCAGAUCGAAGGCGAAGCCUCGUCGAUCAAGGCCAAGCACAUCGACGUGCGGAACAAGUAUCUGCGCGACCUCGCUCGUCGUGGGAUCAUCACGGCGCAGCACGUUCGAUCCGAACUGAUGAUAGCGGAUCUGAUGACGAAGGCCGUCGAUGCAAACAAGCUCGCGGCGCUGCGUAGCCUGAUGCGGCUCGAGUAA